AUGAUAAUACGGCAAAUUCUAUUGCUUCAAAUCUUGCUCUUGCUAGGCCUCGUCAGUCAGCUGAUUCAGGCGGCAGAAGAAGAAUCAGAACAAGCAGAAGAAGAAUAUGUGCGAGUUUUGGUGGGAUUCCAUGACCGAGAUCAAGAAAAGGAAUACGUUCGCAGACAACGCGUGCGGCCAAGAACGGGAAAACCACAGGCCAAGGUCAACUAUGAGUUCCAAAAGACAGAAGCCGUGGCCAUGCAAGUCACUCGAAGGGAAUUAGAAGAAAUGAAGAAGGAUUCCAAACAAUUCAGCUAUGUGGAAGAAGACAUCCUGGUUCCUGUUGCGGCUGCUUGGGCUGGAGGUGCUGGUUCCAAUCCUUCAAAUGCAACAACUUUGGACGAAGAAGCGCAGCGUCGGCUCAUCGAACUUAGAAAUUAUGGCAUUGAAUUGACACAGGCUCAUCGGACGAUUGAUCCAGAUCCGGAUUGGGAUCAAGAGUGCGGAGUCUACCUUUGUGUGGUUGACUCUGGAGUCUUUCUCAACAAUGCUGACAUUCCUUACAGCAGAGGCGAUGGAUAUGUGGAAGGCAAAGCCUUUGGGGAUGCGGAGGGUGACCAAUGGUUCAAUCCUCGAGGAACGGAUCAUGGAACCCAAGUUGCGGGCAUCAUGAUUGCUAGAGGUGGAAACGAUAGAGGCGUUAGAGGCGUCAUUCCGCAUGGACCCCAACGAAGCAAUGUUUGUUUGAAGGUUGCCAAAGUGGUUCCCGAUGGGGAGGGUGUUGCACUUAUUUCUUCCUUGCUACAAGCUUCCGAAUGGUGUGCCGAAGCAGCUGGUGACAAACCACUGGUGAUAAAUCUAUCUUUUGCGGUCGAAUUUGAAACGGCGCCAGAAAAGGCCAUUUACCAAAGACUCUACGACCAAGGAGUCUUGAUUGUUGCGGCUGCUGGAAAUCUCGGUGGUACUGACUACAUGUAUCCCGCGUCCCACGAUUCGGUGAUGAGUGUGGCCAGUAUCAAUGCUGCCUCUCGACGUUCUAGCUUUUCGCAACGAAACGAUCAAGUCGAAAUUGCAGCUCCCGGAGAACUGAUUGAAACCCUGCAAGCAGAAUCGAACAAUCUCUUAAUGGCGAGCGGAACAUCCCUGGCUAGUCCCUUUGUCGCUGGACUGGCGGCUCGCAUUUGGUCAGCCGCUCCUCGUUGCAGCAAUGUCGAUAUUCGACAAGCCUUAAGAGAUACUGCACGUGAAUUGGGCGAUGGGGUACCUAAUCGCAAUUUUGGAUAUGGCCUCAUUCGAGCACGGGAUGCCAAGGAUCUGUUGGUAACCUCUGGUUGCAACUCGAAAGCACCCACCAAAUCUCCCACCAGGGCGCCAACGUCACUACCUUCGGCGAGUCCCAGUGCAAUGCCUUCUGGAAAUCCAACCGUUCGUUGCAUGGAUCAUUUGGAGUCCUGUGCUAGUCAUGACGAGUGUUGCGAUGGCUUUAUCUGUACCAGAAUGACGGAGAAUUUGGAUGAUUCCUUGGUGUGUCGUCGGGAAGGAACAAUGGAAACUCGGCCUCGAUUGGCAUCCUUAGAUGGUAAUAAAUGUCGUGGAGGGUAUGCUGCUGGUUGCAAGUAA